AUGACAAACGGGAAAGAUGACAAACGCCUUACAAGAGCCGAGCGAGCCAAAUUGAUGGAAAAGAAGCGAACUGGCGAUGUGGAGGCACCAAAGAAGACGGGGCAAUGGCUCUGGACACCACCAGUGAGUUUUUUUUGCAGAAUCUUCCAGAAACAGCACAAAUGUUUAUUUUUUCAGCCUCGCCAGGUUCGCCGCAAUGCUGUGACGCCUCAGAGCACUGCUGGAAAUCAGAACUUCCAAAGAUACACAUCUGACGACGGUGAAUAUGACGAAGUUGCGAAUCCGCCCGACGAUGUUGUAGUCGAAGUGAUUCCGAAUGCUCCAGCUGCUCCAAUCGUCCAAGCCGAUCCUGUUUUGGCGCCGGUUGAUCCUUUGCCAGUUGUGGAGGUGGUCGCGGAGCCGGUUGCGGAGGCCCCGCCUCAAGUUGUUGUCCGUGAUGUUGAUGCGGUGUCCAGUGCGGACGAAUCCGCAGGAGAUGCGGUUGCGGCGGAUUUGGCUCAGCGUCGUAGACGCAGAAGACGUGCUCGUCGAAAUCGACGUCGCUAUGUUCAUCCGCGUGUAAGUUUUUGAUUGCAAUUUCAGAUUUUCUAUAUGAUAUUGAUUUUUUUCAGCCGCCUGUUGUCUACGCCGAUCCACAUUUGCACGAGGUUCUGAUCGACGAUUAUCUUUUGAUGCGUGAGGAUCCAACUCAGAAUGGCGAGACCGAUUGA